AUGGCUCUGAGAAUUCGUUUUGUCAGGCGCGUUCCAAAGCCCAGGAGGAAGAAAGAGUCUCCAUUCCUGCAAGUAUCAGAAACAGAACUAUGGCAUAAGACAUAUAUCCCACCUUGGGAAAUGUUUUAUAACAUUUUAGAAUCAAUAAUUCUAAUUAUUUUCUUCUUUACAGUUGCAAAUCCAGUGAUUUAUUAUUACUAUUUACAGAGAGGCGCUUUUGUGGAUUCAUUUUAUCCAAAACAAGAUGAAGGAACACCAAUUGAAGAUUUUUCGAUCAUUAGUGACUAUUAUGAUACAGUUAAUGAAUCGUAUUAUACCCUCAAAACAGAUAGCUUCCUAGAAAUCCAUGAUGUUAAUAGAUCUCUACCUGUUUUAUGUGAGAUUUACUGGAUGAACGGUUCUAAAACAGAAGGAUCAUUUCCUGACAUCGAUCUAGAGUUCUUCAAACACAUUAAUCGUAUAAUCAUAUCACUUGAUUACGUUAUCGUUUCAAGCGAUUUAACAUAUCCAGGAUGCUCAAAUUGGUAUACGCAAACAGAGAUUGCAGCACGUGAUGGAUUGGUCCAGUUUACAAUUGAGCCUUCAAUUCGAAGAAAAUCAUGUACUCCUGAGAUGAUGACCGAAUUUAACGUUACAACACCGAAAUCAAUAGCCGUAACAGAUGACAAUUCGCAUAGAAUGCUUCAAUCAAUACGAGAACAGUCAAUUAAAGCUCCACUUCAGUUUUCUCGCGGAAGAACUAAAAAUAAAUUGACCAAAAAGUCAAAGAAGAACGCUCAUCCACUUAUAAAACGCAAUAGACCACAUAUUAGCGAAGAAAGGAAGUACAGAAACAAUCAUUUACUCAAAAAUAAAAAUACCAAAACCACAAUUUUGUAUGACAACAAAUUCAAGCUUGAAGAAUGCAAGGUCUUUAGAAUUACCAACCAUUUGAUGCUUUGUAUUGUUGUUGCUGACGCUCUACAUAUAUUUACGAUGUUAUUUUCACUUAGAAACCGAUACAACCUCCAUAAAAACAGAUUAUCGAACAACCAAUACAGAAAUAUGGCUUCUCUACCUCGGAUCCAUAUAACUAUUGGCUAUUGGUUCAUUAUAGAUUUUGUUUGUUCUUGCAUCACCUUAAUUUUGGCUUCUAUUACGUUCGCCAACUCAUAUAAGAUGACGCAGUUCCCUUCGCAGAUCACCCUCGAGAUUAUCAGCUUCGCAGGACUAUUUUCAAUUAUUAGAUUGUCACAAUGGCUCAAAUUCUCUAAUGGUCUUUACCAACUGAUCACAAUUAUCAGAGAGGCAGCCAUUAUGUUGCUAAAUCUCGCUGUCGAAGUUAUUCCUAUUUGGUCGGCUUUCAUUUUGUUCGGAAUUUUCACAUUUGGCCUCAUUUCUGACUCCUUCAGAACAGUCAGAGAGCUUGUUGAGCGUUUCAUCACCAGUGGAAUGGGAGAUUCGAUCGAUGACUUUUACAUCGUUAUCGAUGAUGGAACAGACGCAACAGCAUGGCUUUCCUUCUUCUAUGUGUCAGCGAUCACUGCUGGUGGCAUGUGGAUCAUCUUCACUUCUUGUAUUUCAUCAAUCAUGUAUGUCAGAGAACAUUACGUUGACUUAGACUAA